AUGACUGUCAACACUUCGACAAACAGCCAGACGCAUGAUCGCGGGUCCCUACCUCCAGAGCUGGAGGAGGCACUGCGGGAGAUCGAGAAUGUGUUCACUGUUGACAAGGACAAGCUUCAGCAGAUAAUCGUGAGGUACGACAUCGAAGGGCAGAAAGGAUGUCGAUUCCAUGUUAUGGCUCGAAGUCUUUAGCCUGUCCCCAGAACUCCUAUCUCUGUUCACGAUGCUUCAGAUAACAGCUGACCUCUGACCACUCCGUGUUGCAGGUUUGAAGAGGAGCUCACCGAAGGUCAGCUAGCACCCAUAUUUGUAUCUCACAGAUAGACUAAGACCAAUUGGAGGGCUUGAGGGGAAUGGCAAGGAGGGCAACAUCCCGAUGAAUCCAACUUGGGUCAUGGGCUGGCCGACUGGGGCAGAGACAGGAUCCUAUCUCGCUCUGGACCUUGGUGGUACGAACUUGAGAGUCUGCUGGAUCACCUUGAACGGGCGCGGAAGCCAGCCGGACAUGAUUCAGGAUUCCUAUAAACUAUCCCCAGAGAUUAGGUCCGGUUCCGCCGAUGAGCUCUGGAGCAUGGUAGCGGGAAAACUGCAGGAUUUCAUUGAGAAGCAUCAGCUCGGAGGCACAGCGGAAGACUCUCUACCAUUUGCCUUCACCUUCUCUUAUCCGGCCACGCAAGACUGCAUUGACCAGGGCAUAUUACAACGAUGGACGAAGGGCUUGGACAUCAAAGGCGUGGAAGGGCAUGAUGUCGCCGCGCAGGUGAGAGAGGCAAUAGAAAAGCGGGUAAGUCCAUUAUCUUGACAUCCCAUCGGGCGCCUACGUGGCGUUUUCGCUAGAAUGCUCGGGAUGCAUGUGGCCUUCCAAUGCGGUGAGAUGUCAUACUAAGGUCUUGCAGAACUUACCAAUAAAGCUGGUGGCUCUUGUAAACGACACGACUGGAGCUAUGAUCUCAUCAUAUUACAACGAUCCGGACACCAUCAUCGGCUGCAUCUUCGGAACCGGGUGCAAUGCUGCUUACAUGGAACACUGCUCUGCGAUCCCCAAGCUUCCUGAAGGCGUUCCCAAAGAUCGAGAAAUGGCCAUUAAUUGUGAAUACGGAGCUUUUGACAACAGCUGUCGUGUUCUACCGAGGACCAAAUAUGACCUUGAGAUUGACGAGCAGUCACCACGCCCCGGUCAGCAGCGCUUCGAGAAGCUCAGCGCCGGUCACUAUUUGGGCGAGAUCUUCAGGCUGGCGCUUCUUGACCUGCACGAGCAGCAGCUCAUCUUCAAGGACCAUGCUGCGGAACACCUGCGAAGGCCGUAUGUCAUGGACACCGGCUUCCUCUCCGCUGUCGAAGACGAUGACUCCCCGGAUCUUGCCCACACGAGGAAACUAUACAAAGAGAAGCUAGACCUCGACGUCACUAGAUCUGAGUUGACCGUCUCACGACGUCUAGCAGUCGCCAUCGCCACGCGCGGAGCUAGACUCUGCACGACUGGAGUCGCGGCUAUUUGCAAGAAGCAAGGCCUGACGUCCGGACACGUCGCGGCUGAUGGAAGCGUUGCCAAUAAGCAUCCGAAGUUCAAGAAGAGAUGGUCGGAUGCCAUGGCAGAAGUCAUGGACUGGCCUGCUGAUCGGGACGAAGACCCGAUUGUCAUCACCAGUGCGGAAGAUGGAUCGGGCAUCGGUGCUGCUGUCAUCGCGGCUAUGACUCUCGAUAGACGGGGUCGGGGCGACGACGUGGGAUUGAGCCGUGUGUUGAGCCAAGGUAUAUGA